GUUCUCAAUACACAUAUCCGUACAUCUAGAACUCUAACCUCGACAACCUGUUAAAAAUGGGCAUUAUUGGAGCGCCAAGAGAUCACUUCUUUGUGGAUGGCAAUGACCUCAAUAUACUAAAUGAUAUUGCAAAUAACUUAGAAGCCGUGGAACUGGAUAAUGGGCCUUUCGUGGGUGCCACCCCACGCCGGCGAGUUAAAGGAAGAGUUCGCGCCAAGUUGACUGGAGGAAGUAAAGCUAGCUUGUGUGAUAGCAAAGCUAUGGGCAAUCGGAAAGGGCGCCGGUACAACAAUACGAUGUUUCUUCUGAAUCUUGAGGAAAUUGAUGACGGUGAUGUGAACAUCUACGAUUUCAUAUCUGGCCAUAUUUCUCCAUUUGCUCAACUCAUUGCCGAAAAAGAGAAGAUGGAAUCAUGGAAUGACUUCAUCAACAGCAGUGAGAAUGAGCAACAGACUAUACUGGAGAGUGGGUACUCGGAUCAUCACUUUCUCGGCAGUAUUUCUCCAGUGAAACAAGAGGGCUCGGAACGCCUGGCAUAUACCGGGCAAGAUUGCUUCAAGAGGCUUGACGGAAGCUUGCAGUUUAUGGUGUUACGCAGACACUUUCCAACUGGUAUGCUGGCACAUCUGGAGCAAGAGGUGACCUCGUUCUUUUCCUGCUGCUCUGAUCUAGUGAUGGUGAUAACACUUGGCAGCAGCUUUGAGCGAUACGUGCUACAUGCAAUCUGCCAGUUCCUUAAACUGCGCUCGCAUAGCCAUGACAGCAGCAAAGGCAAGCGGGAAACGCACAUAGAGAAUCCUCAUCGUCAAUUUUUGGUUCCGCCCAUGUCUUUACAAGCCUACAUCAUACGUCACGGUAGUGAAAGACGGUCACCAAAAUGAUUUUGCUGUUUGUAUCAUAUACAUAGACAGAAAAAUACUCGUUUGUGUACUUUGUAUUCUAGAUAUAAUAUUAUUUAGAUGCAGUGUUUUACCAUGUACAGGAUGCCCUUGCGGUGUCCUUCUGACUGUUAGCCUAAUUAGUCUAUUUGACAUUCGUAUGUAGUCAAUACCCAACCUAGAAAUAUUCUUUCCUAUGAAGUUUUUUUGCUGAUUUGUACUCAUAUGGGGUCCUAAAACAAAUUCAGCUUGGUUGCCCAAAUGGCAACUUUGGGCAACUCUAGUAAUUUGCAUAAAUCCAAAAUGGCCGCUGGACGGCAUCUUCAAAAUUGAACUUUUUAACCACUUGACCUAAAAUGAUGUGUAAUGCAUCUUUUAUAUGGGUUUUAGGUGCGUAGAAUCCAUUUCUGACGUUAUUUUUUUGAUUCAAGGUCAGGGUCAG